AUGAAACCCUCCUUCGCUUUCCCCGUGAAGGUCUCUUCCCUGUGUCGCCGCCCUGCUGCCGCUGCGACGCGACCAAGCCACUCCGUGACCAUCCAUUUCCGAGCAGGUUGUAAAAUUGUUAUGGAGCAAGAACUAUUAAUUGAGGGUGAUUUCCAAGUGUUGGGUGAUUCGUCAAGCUCAAAUGGAGUUGAUAUUCCACAAAUUGGGAUGUGUUUUUCAGCUGAAGAAGAAGUUCGUGAUUUUUACAAAUCCUAUGCCCAAGGUCUUGGUUUUGGUAUUUCAAAGUUGGGUUCCAAAAAAGGAGAUGAUGGUCAGCUGAAGUAUUUUUUGUUCGGAUGCUCUAAAAAUGGUAAGACUGCACCUAGAGUGAAAAAUUCCUUUUAUCCUAGACCUUGUAGCAAAACAGAUUGCAAGGCAAGAAUUAAUAUUACAAUUCAGAAUGAUGGAUUAUGUGUCAUUACUAGUAUUCAACUUGAACACAAUCAUGCAUUAAGUCCAAGGAAGUCAAGACAUUUUAGAUGUAAUAAAGUCUUAGAUUCCCAAACUAAGAGAAAAUUAGAGUUGAAUGAUCAAGCGGGAAUAACUUUGAGUAAGAGUUUUCAUUCUUUUAUUGUUGAAGCUGGUGGCUAUGAAAAUUUGCCGUUUGAUGAGAGAAAGUGUAGAAAUUAUGUGGCUGAAGCACGAAGAUUAAGGCUUGGGAAUGGUGAUGCAGAAGCCUUGAAUAAUUACUUUUGUCGUAUGCAAAGUAGAAAUUCAAAUUUCUUUUAUGUGAUUGACGUAGAUGAAGAUUCUCGAAUAAGAAAUAUAUUUUGGGCUGAUGCAAGAUCUAGGGUUCCAUAUGAUUCUUUUUCUGAUGUCAUUACAUUUGAUACUACAUAUCUUACAAAUAGUUAUGAUAUGCCAUUUGCUCCGUUUGUUGGAGUAAAUCAUCAUGGUGAAUCCAUAUUACUUGGCUGUGGUUUGAUAUCUAAAGAAGAUUCUGAAACUUUCAUUUGGUUAUUUAAAUCAUGGUUGACAUGCAUGAGAGGACGAGCUCCACGAGCUAUUAUUACGGAUCAAUGCAAAGCCAUGGAAAUUACAAUUCUUGAGGUAUUUCCAGACUUGCAUCAUCGUUUAUGUCUUUGGCAUAUUAUGAAAAAACUUCCAGCCAAGUUUAGUAGUCAUGUCAACUAUAAGUUGAUAAAGAGGAACUUGAAAAAUAUUGUUUACAAUUCUAUGACAUCUGAAGAAUGUGAUAGCAACUGGAAAAAAUUGAUCGAAGACUUUAACUUGGAGAAAAAUGAUUGGCUGAAUUCUUUAUAUGAAAUUCGUCAUAAGUGGAUGCCUGUAUAUGUGAAAGAUAAAUUUUGGGCAGGGAUGUCGACAAGUCAAAGAAGUGAAAGUAUGAAUGCAUUUUUUGAUGAUUAUGUUCAUUUGAAAAUAACUUUGAAGCAGUUUAUUGAACAAUAUGACAAUGCUUUGAAAAGCAAGAUUGAAAAGGAAGAUAAUUCUGAUUUUGCAUCUUUCAAUUCAAUCAUUCCAGUUAUUAGUGGCAAUCCAAUUGAAAAGCAGUUUCAAAGUGUUUACACUAACAAAAUAUUCAAGUUGUUUCAAGAUGAACCGCGAGAGGAACAACAAAGAUCUAAUAAUCUUCAUCCAUUGUUACAGGAAGUGGGGCAGCUUGGGUCAAAAACUGAUGAAAGGUGCAUUGUUUUAACAGGGAUAUUGAAAGAAGCAAAAAAAAAAGACAACAAUAAAAUACAUGAGGAAUCAAGAUAUGAAAGCAAACAAUUUCACAGUCCUCUAAAAGUAAGGUCUCGUGGGCGUCCACCGACAAAACGAAAACAAUCCAAAAUUGAGCAAAUUGUGAAAAAGGCGAAGACAAAGUCUCAGAAAAAGAGUUCUACAGUUGAUAAAAAGCAAGAUGAAUUAUCAAAUUUGAAUUCUCUAUAUAUGAUCGAUGAUUAG